GCCGACAGCUGCGCUGUGAUGCGAUGCGGUCAACGAGGGCACGAAGGCAGGAGCGACAGCACCAGCACCAGCGGUGAAGGUUUAAAGUGGACAUGUAUUGUUGUUUUUUACACGAACUUUUAAAGGAAGAUUUAUCAUCUUAAGGACUAACACGACAUAAGUGAACACUGAAAAGAAACUCACUUGUCCCUCAUGUUGUGGAAAACUUUGAGUGCAGCGCCCUGCUCUACCUUUGGAGGUGUUACCAGCUGAGAAGAGGAGACUGUUUGAUUUCACCGCUGCAUUCAGUCGAAGAAAUAAACAAGCGACCUUUUGCAUUGUUACUAAUAACAAACAACAGGAUAUCCAAACGAUAAACCUCUGAUCUCUUGUGUUUUAAGUGUGGUACGAAGAAAGCAAAGCUUUGUUUCUCGGUAGUAACUUGGUAUCUUUUCCGCACCCCGGUUGGUCAGUUGCUUUGGAACAUCUGGGUUGCUGUGCAGUGCUUUUUCUUAUUUCGUUGAUACUUUGAAAGGCUUUAUCCAUUGGAUAGUUGGCAUACAUGUUUUCAACCGCGUUCAUUUUUAACUUUUUGGAGAGUAGGUGACACACCUCACUACACCAGGACAUGUUGUUAUAGGCGGGUGUGGAGAUUUUUAUUUUCUUUUUGUACUUUUUCAAUUGGAGAACAUUCUUCAUAAAGGAUUAUACCUUUUAAAAUUUAUUCCGGUGUAAAAUGGGCUCACUUAAGGCUCUUCAAGACUGGUGUCGGAUCCAAUGUGAAAAUUAUCCGGACGUCGAAAUUAAAAAUAUGACCUCUUCAUUCAGAGACGGGAUGGCUUUCUGUGCUAUCAUACACAAGCACAGACCGGAUUUAAUAGACAUUAAUUCACUGUCUAAAGAAAAUGUAUAUGAAAACAACAAACUGGCUUUUGAAGUUGCAGAAUCAGAGUUGGGUAUCCCGGCUUUACUGGACCCUGACGAUAUGGUAGCCAUGCGAGUACCUGACAGGCUGAGCAUCAUUACGUAUGUGUCACAGUAUUACAACUACUUCUCCAAUAAAGCUCAUGCAGGGCCUCCCUCAAUGAAGAGGCCAGGAAGUACAACACACAGUGAACCUGCACUGAAGAAGCCAACUUCUGCCUCUAGUGAAAGAAAAAAUGAGACAAGGACGUCUGUAAUAUCAGGUAAUGAGACACCCAAACGUGAAACACUAAGCAGCACCUGUGCAACCUGCAAAAAACAUGUUCAUCUAGUACAGAGAUACCUGGUUGAUGGUAAAUUGUACCAUCGUAACUGUUUCAGAUGUAAAGAAUGCAGCAGUACAUUACUUCCAGGUUCAUACAAAGCAGGAUCAGAGCUGGGCACAUUUCUUUGCACACAUCACUUUCUAAAGACAGGAAUAAAUCAGAAUGGGCGGCCUGACCUCAGCAACAGUUUAGGAUUAACCAGAGAUGCCUCACCCACAGCUGCAGGAGAAAUGGUACCAGAAACUCCCCCAUCUGGCAGGGAGACCUCUCAACCAUUUUCAGCAUGUAGACUUGCAGAACGAUUUUCAGUACCAAGAGAAGGUGCACACUUGGAUAGAGUAAAAACAGAAAUACAUGUUCCUGGAAUAGCUGAGGAAGAAAAGCAAGAGAGUGCUAAAACUGAGUUUUCUUCCAACCCUUUUGAAGAUGAAGAAGAAGGUGAAGAGAAAGAAAAGCCACCAUUGGGUAUAGCCAACGGGGAGACUUUUUUGCCUGAAAAGACUGAUGUAUCAGAAACCAGACCAGUACCUGCACCUCGAAAGGUCCUUGAACAUAAUAUGCCGUCUCCAACACCACGGCCAGUACCAAGACCUAGACAGAGUGGUGUUACAGGAGUAGAAACAAGUUCUACAGGGGAUCGUCCCCAGGAAAUGAAUGGAGCCCUUGUAGAUCCCAGUAGAGAUAUUCCUUUAUCCCGUGAACAAUCCCUGUCUCCCCUCAGAAAUAAGACAGGAAUUGAAGGUCAUUACAAGGAACCACCAUGGAUGGCCUUGGUUCAGUCGGAGAAGAGAAAGCCAGCUCCUCCUCCCCCUCCUUCUGCUGGAGGAAAAGCUGCAUGUCCACCUACUGGCUCUGCUUCUAAAGAAAAUGUGCAAGUCCCUGAAGUAUCUUCCCAUUCCCUAAACCCCUUUGAAGAUGAGGAAGAUGAUGAAGGAUCAGAAAAGGGUGGUGAGGAAGAUUUGGGCAAGGCUAAGCCAGUACCAGCUGGGGGAUCACUAAAACCAUCUCACCCAUGGUAUGGUAUUACUCCCACUAGUAGCCCAAAAACAAAAAAGCGACUUGCACCACAGAUACCAACUACACCAUUCUCAGCUCAGUCCCAUUCAGAACCACCAUCAUCCACACCAUCUCCUGCUCGAAGUAUAGAAAAUGUUUCUUCUGAAAUGCUGGCCAAGUCUCCACUUGACGGUAGUGGUUCACCUUCAGCACCUGAAUCUCCUGUCACAAAAAGCAUCUCUGAACCAGCCAUUAGUGGCCCAGAUGUCCAGCAUUCAGCAAAAGUAAUUUCAGAAGCUGGUCCUCAUCAAGUAACCAGAAACAAAUCUCCUGCCCAAGCUAAUAUUACUGUUCCUUCAAUGAAUACCAGUUCAGCUCCAGCCACACCACAGGCUACUCGUAGCACGAGUAUGAGAGCAGCACGUCCACCUCCACCACGACCUCCCACAACACCUAGCCCAAUUUCAGUUUUGUUUCCAGCGGAUAAUACAUCAUCUUCAAAAUCAAGCACACCAUCAUCACAGGCACCCAAACUUGUGCAUCAGAAGAGCUCUUGUAAAGAAAACCCUUUUAACAGAAAAUCUUCUCCUGUGGUGUCUCCCCAACGCAACACUCCAAAAGGCCCAAAACCAGCCCGGCCACCUGCCCCAGGACAUGGAUUCCCUCUUAUCAAGAGAAAGGUGCAGUCUGACCAAUAUAUUCCUGUGGAAGAUAUUCAUUUCGAAAUGGAUCAAAUAGAGCAUCAGCUGGAUGAAUUGGAGCACAGAGGAGUUGAACAGGAGCAGAAACUGAGAUGCUGUGACAAUGAAGAGGAAGAAGAUAGUUUGCUAGUUGACUGGUUUAAACUUAUUCAUGAAAAGCACUUGCUGGUGAGAAGAGAAUCUGAGCUUGUUUACACAGCAAAACAACAGAACUUAGAGGAAAGGCAGGCAGAUGUAGAAUAUGAACUAAGAUGUCUCUUGAACAAACCAGAAAAAGAAUGGACAGAUGAUGACAGAACAAGAGAACAGGAACUUAUGCAGGAGCUAGUAACUAUAAUUGAACAACGCAAUGCAAUUGUUAAUUGCCUUGAUGAAGACAGGCAGAGGGAAGAAGAAGAAGACAAAAUGCUAGAAGACCUUAUUAAAAAGAAAGACUUCCACAAAGACUCUGAUAGUGAUCCUAAGAAGAAAGGAAAAUUUAAACCCAUGAAAGUCUUAAAACGUCUGAGCAGUGGAAACAAGACAGAAAGCAAAAUGAAACCACAGAGAGAAAAAAGCAAAUCCAUGAAAAGCCUAUCCCCAGAAUGACUUAAGCAAUAGUUAAGAAAACAGGAAAUCACCAUGACAAAGAUGUCUUGAGUUUGUGGUGCCUCAUGAAUUGAAGCUGUCCUUCCUUUUUUGAGUGUCGGAAGGUCACUCUUAUCUUACACACACACAAAAAUCCUAUUAUACUGUAUACUAGAAAUAUGCAAUAGGUGUUACCUUUCAUUUGCUUGCUGCUGUUUAGAAAACAACACUGUUUUCAUGGUCAUGCUGACCAUUAUUUAGUACUGUGCACAGCACCAUAUCAUAUCAGUUUGUCAGUUGCUGGCCCUUCACAAGUUAUGAACUUCAUGAUUUUCAUUGGAGGACUUUUGAAGAAAAGUUUCUCAUGAAAUAUGUGCCUACUCCCAUAAACAGUCAUCAGUCUAAUUGUUUUAUGUGUUAACUUGUUGUGAUCCAUUUUAGAAAUGCAGUUACACUCAUAAAGUGAUAGCCUUUCUAAGACAGUGCAUUUUUAAUUUAAACACAUUUCUGUUUGUCUUUUUCAUGUAGGUUUUAAUAUGAAGGCAAAUUGGUGUGCAACAUUAAAGUACUGGGAUAGUAUUUAAGCAAUAGUUUAAGGUGAUUUGUAACUGUGAGGUACGGAAGUUUAACACCAGUGGUGCUUGUUUUGUUUUACACACGGGUUACCCUUGGAGAAAUAGUAAAACAAUUUAAGGUUUUCUUUGACAACAAGAUAAUGAAUUUAAAAGAUAUCAAGCUGCGAAAUUAAGAUAUUGAUUCAAUGUUCCUAAAACUUCAAAGUUCAGAAAACCAAGCUUUUCUUUGUUUUUUGUUUAUAAAUCAUUUAUCAUUUUUAAUACUAAGAAACUAAUUCUGUGUAAAGUAGACACAUUUGGCUUACAAACAGUUUAUAUAUUCUCAAAUGUAAAUAGCAAUACUUUAUAAAGAGAAAGGAAUGUGAGGAAAACAUAUUUAUGUUAUGUACAAAAAGUUUUCUUCUUCAGAUAUUGAACAGAAAGUUUGAAUGUUGGCAUUAGUUCAUUUUUUGAACUGUUUGGGGGAAAACAUGCACUUUGUACCUGAUUUAUAUGCAUUUUAAAAAAUUAAUAAAUCAUAUACUGACCUUAAGUGGUCUUGCCUGGAAAUUAAAAUCAAAAUGCUGUAACUGAGGUUUGGGUGAGCUUUUCAAUUUUAGAACCACAGAUAUCAAAGCAUACUGUUUGAUGCAUUUUUUUUUUAUAUUUUGUCUUUAGUUUCCUUGUGCCAAACGAUCUCAUAUUACAGUUGUGUGGGUUGUAUUUAAAAGUUGUUAUAGACAGUUUUUCAAAUACUGUAGUGUUAUACUCAUAAUAGCAGUUGUAGAUUUCAAAUAAGCAUCUCAAACAGAUUCAUGAGUCAUGAUAAAAUUUAAUUAAAAAUCUGAAUACAGCUUGUCCAAAUGAAAACUUGUAGUUACAUUUGUAAAUAUAUACGAUUAGAAGAAGCUUUUUUGUUUUUAAUUCUGCCCCAGUUGGGAUCAGCAUAGUUUUGUUAUGAAGAAAAGCAUUACUGUACUUAACACAUGUGAAUCUGAAUUCAUGUGGUAGUUUUUAUUUGUUACAUGAGGGUGCUGAUCAUAGUUAUGGGGGCAGAUGUUAUUCCUUAAAUAUUCUGCCUGUUUUUCACUUAAUUAAGUAGUGUGUGCCUUCAUGGUUAUUAAAAUAUCUUUAGUGACAAAUCUGCAGUGUCAACUAAAAUCAUUUAAUGUUAAUGAUUAAUGGCAGUUUGUGUUUCAGGUAAGCACUUAAGCAUUGCAUAUUUCUUAACUAUAAAUCCUACUGUUUAGAUAUUGAAAUAUUAGUUACACUGGGAUAUUUUUAUGAAGUCAUUGCUGCCCAAAGACCUGCAACAAUUAUAUAGAACAAGCCAUUCAGUCUUGUGUAAUUGAAGUAAGACUUUAAAGUCUUGGUUAGGACAAAUUCUUUUUUUAAAUAAGGCACUAUAUUGUCUUUGUCAUUUGUUUAGAAAGUAGUCCUGACAACAUGAAAUUAAAACAAUUGGAAUCUCUGUUUAUCUCUGCUAGAGCAUUUUCUUUUCAUGUGCAGUGUAAAGUCUGUAUAUUUUAGAAUGAUUUCAGGAAGAGGCAUGAAUCUCCAUCUGUCUGAUCUAUAAUAACUGAACAGAAAUAUCAAGGAACAACUGACAUUGCAGGUUUAAAGAUGAGAUGGAAAUACUAAAAAAAAGGCAGGGAUACUUAUUUAUUUCCUCUGUGAUGGAAUUACUUUGUGGGGUUAUAAUAAAAGCAACAAAGCCACAUUUUGUGGAAUCCUAUAAGACUGAAUAGGUAUUUUAAUUGAAUAAAACGGUGUUUCUUUUUUGACCUUUACUCUUUUUGUUUAUAAUAACAAACAUUGCCUUAAAAUAUUUCUGUUACUGUAUUACUUUAAAGAACUGUUAAGUAUGUUUGUUUUUUAAUCAUUGACCCAAUAUUUAUUUAUGUCUCCAGUGAAUGCUAAAACAGUAGAUGUUGUAACAGUUCUCUAAAUGCUUUUUCCUCUCCUGCUGCCUUUCAAAUACACAUGGGCUUUCUAAGGAUGUGUUGGUAAUAUAACAAAUGUAAAGUUUUUAUAUAGAGAGAGUAAAAUAAACAAAUAAAACAAAAAUGUCCCA